AUGGAGCUAAUCACCUACAUUGCCAUGUACCUCUCGGUCACCUUUCUCCUCCCAUCCUAUGCCACAGCAAUGGCGCCAACCGGCAUCGUAGAGCGGGAAACCAAGCAGCAGAUUCUGGCGAGCAUCCCGCCGCACUGGGAGGAGAACCCCGUGCUGUUCCUAAUGUCGCCGUCCGGCAAGUACGCGGCGUACUUCUUGCGCAGCCAGACUGCGCCGGGCGCCGGCGGCCUCGGAGCCGACUUCUGCUACGUGGAGAUCCUCGACACCACGGCGCCGGGCGCGGAGGGGCAGAGUGUGUGGGAGUCGGAGUGCCUGGCGGUCAGCACCGUGAACACCUGCACGCUCGUGUUCUCGUGGAAAGGGCUGGAGGUGUUCGACGGCAGCAACUCUGUGUGGCACACCCACGACACGGAGUCAGUUGACAACAACUUCCUCAGAACCCUCCAGCUGGUGGACGAGGGUGACAUGCGCAUCCUCGACAAGGGUGGUGAGCUGGCCUGGAAGGCCAGCGACGAGCCGCGCGCGGCUCAACACUGUGGAUUGCCCGGCUCACCUGGCCUGGCGCCGGCAAUGCCACCGUUCGCUGAUCCGAUCGGGCAGGGGAGCGGCAACUUGCCCUUCGGACAGGAAGGAGGCAAUGGCAACAUCUAUGGUGCCUAUAAUGGAGCCGCACAGCCCGAGCUGCCACUCACGCCACUGCCCCAAGCGGCAGGGCUCGGUGGAGAGCAAGGCGUGGAGAGCGUGGGAGAGCCGCUGGUGGACAACAGCCCCUACGACAGCGGUGCACCAGCUCAUCGAUGCAGCUUUCUUGGGAUUGGAGUGGCUUUGAGUCUGAACGUGGCAAUUGCCAUUGCCAUGGGCCUCGGUCUCUGA